AUGAAGGAGAUGGCUCGUCUGGCUUCGGCGAAAAAGGAGCAGGAAAAAAAGUAUCACGAAAUGGCGCGAGAGCUGGGGCUAGAGCGACUUCGGAAAACUCCGGCUCCUCCCGUCCCCGACACCAACGUGCGUCUUCGGCACCAGGUCAUCGACGAGGCGAGGAGGGCGAUGCAGAGGAAAAUAGAACUGGACACCAUGGCGAAGCUGGUGGAGCUCAACUCCCAGCUGAGAAGGCAGGGUUCCCGCCAGAGGGAGACUAUCGAGACACUGCGAAAGAACCUAAAGGAUGGCAGUGAUGCGCUCGUUGCCGCACGCAAGCCCUCUCCCGCGGGGAACGGAAUGUUCGAGGAGAUUCAAGAUAGGUUGCGGCCCAUCGAUGCUACGACCAAGUCGAUUCCGGAGGGCGAGGAGGAAACGGAGGGGGGAGAGCGGAAGGAGGGAGAGGAGCGGAAAGAGGGGGAGGGAACUGGAGUAACCCAGAGUAAGAGGCGGUCGUACGGGUUGAAUUUGGCAGGCCUGUGCCAAGAGUAUCUCGAGGCCGGGACCCCCCUUUGUCAAGUCGGCCGCUUGGUCAUGUCCACGCUACGCCUUGCCACCGGCGUCGAGCUAGAUGUCGCGGGGGGCAAAAUGAAAUUCCACGGCACGACGGUAAAGCGGCUUGCACUUGGAAUUGCGCACUUGAACAUGGCUGAACUGAUCGCCAUGAUCCUCAAAGCUCCCUACUUGCUGAUCGCGGGUGACGAAUCGCUGCGGAAAGGGGACAAGAAGUUCCCCAUUUUCGUGGCGUGUUGGGAUGUCGUAGCUAGCAGGCCUUGGUGGGGGCUUCUCCGGAUGUGCAGCAUGAAGGACAAAACUGCGGAAACACAAGCAUCGCUUUUUUUCGAGACCAUCGUCAACGUUCUGAAGUACCCUCGCCGCCAAGUUUUGUACGUCCUGCCCGACAAUACCGCCUCUGUCUCGGGCGAAAAGGGGGGGGUGUGCAACCAAGCUGCAGCAGAAGCUGCGGGGGGAAGACACCACGGCGGUCCCACGACAGGAGCAGGGUGGAGGGCGUGGGCGUGGGCGUGGUGGACAGGGCUCGAGAGGUAG